GGCCAAUUCUGUAAACUUUGCCCCCAUAGACUGAGUCAAUAAAUUCACCUGUCACAGCUUUCUGCCUGCCUUCAGUUCUGGGUCAGAAAAAUUCAAAUUCAGAGGCCAUGGCUUCAAAGGGGAAACUUCUUUGGCUUUGCUCACUAGCAGUCUGGUCCUCCUCUACAGUUCAAGAUGAAACUUUAGCUCCACACUGCAGCUCACAAGCUCACAAUCUGUCAGCUGCUCUCACGGUGGCGGCAGAGUGUGGUGAACAUCUGCCAUGGAGUGCAGAGCAGACAGCUGCACUGCUGCUCUCCAUCAGGAAUCUGAACAACAACUUGCACAAACACCAGCUGAACGAUUGUCAAGGUGCUGAGCCAACGAGAUGCCCUGAAGCUGAAGUUCCUGCCAAUGGAGGAUUGGCAUGUGUCACAGUUUCCAACAAGCGCUACUGCAAACCUCUAUGCAACUACGGAUACGAUUUUGGUUUCCUAAGAGUGAGUCGUCUGUAUGACGAAUGCAGCGAGCAGACUGGAUUCAAAUGGGAUUCCCAGUACGUAGGGGGGAACAAGCUGGCUGUGUGUAACGAAGCAUCUAUUCAAGUUUCAGGAGCAAAGACAGCAUAUUUUCCUAAAGAUCAGGACUGCCUAACAACCAAGAGCAGCCACCAGCUGUGGAACAGCACCAUUGACAUUUUAACCACUGAGCUGAAGAAUAAAGGUGUUCACGGAGAGCCACAGCACGCCUGUCUUGUAUGCGGACGACCAUGAGGGAGGAAAAUCAGCCACAUCACGAAUGUUGUGGUAUGAGAGGUUCUUCAAGCUGUACUGACUGCAAGUAUUUACAAACUGUAUGGAAGCUAAACUGACUACAAGAUUCAAGAAUAAAAGUCUUUUUCACUUCA